CACUCAGUUUUGAUCGUCUAUCAACUCUACAGAAAGGAUAUUUUCCCUGGCCACAGAAAAGUAUCGCUUUCUUAGCAUGUAGCUCUGAUCUUAAUCAUUAUCAGGGACAUUGGUUUUAUGCAGAUCAGAAUCAACUCGCAAGAAUGUGCACACAAGUUUUAUUUAACUAAAUCAUGAACACAUAGCUAGACUUAACACACACAGACAUACAAUUCACACAUACAUAGGUAAUGAGAGAGUGGAAAUGAAUUUAAACCGUAUGAAUGGAGCUAUGAAAAGAGUCAUUUAACCAACUGGAAGAACCAUCAGUUUCUCACUAUAAAGCACCUUUUUAAUACUAAAUCGCCAUUUAGUGUUCAAAUGCACAAUACUUGCAAAUGCCUUAGCUGUUGAGGAGCAUCCGGAUCUGCAGGCUGAGGAGAAAUUCUUCAUGGUUCGGUCCGAUGGUGCUGAAGUUGUAAUCAAUAUCUUCUGAGUUGAAUGAAGAAAAUGACGACAAACUUGCACUGUUAAUUUGAGCACAUGCGAUCUGCGUGGGGGACUUUUAACCUCUACAGAAGUCACACCUUUGAUUUUUAGCUUGACCAAUGACGAAGGUGCAGUUCUCUGGCAGGAGAGUUUCUUUGUUUGAAAGUGACCUUGUUUGCAUGAGGGGAGUAAGCUAUGAAGUUUGUGUUCAUUUAUACUCUGACAUUAUGGAGUUUGCAUGUCGUGAAGAUCUACAAUAGUUUAUUUGAUUGCUCCAGAUGCUACAAACUAAUACUAAAAAUGAAUAAAAAUUAUAUUCGGGCUACUGUCACAUUUGACCAAUUUAAUGCUGAAAAAAAGUAUUCAUUUCUAAAAAAAAACAAAGCAAAAAAACAAUUCAUUAUAGUGCUGUUUCCAUACUGUCCAAUUCUGAAUCCAGAUGAACUUUUCUCCUCCCGGAGAUGAAAGAUAUAUAGAUACACAAGGAAGAGGCCUACAUAUUCUGUAACAAAUUGAAAGGUCAAAACCAGAGCAUUUGUGGUUGCAAUACUUUUUAUUAAGACACAAUAACACGAAUUUCGCAAAUCCAGCAACUUUUUUUUUUCUCUCAAAAGCAUUUAUUUGAACAGCCUACUAAACAAAACUUAAACUGUGAGAUAACACUGUUUAAAUUUUGUUUCGUAAUUGGAAUCCCUGAGAAAUUUGCAGCAAUGCUCACCUGGAAAAGACACACAUUACAUCAGCACUGAUAUUUCUGAGAACCCAACAUGUGUCUCUGAGUGUAUAAGAGCAGCAAUCCAUGAAAGAGACCAACAGAAGAGAACAUUCCUAGAGAACAUGAGACUCUAUCUAGCUGUCUUUGCGCUACUGGUCGCAGUUCACUGCGAGGAGCUCUUUAAUGGAGACCAAGUUCUCAGAGUCCUUCCAGAAUCUGAAGACCACAUUCAAGCUUUAAAGGAGCUGGAAGAGGAUGUGGAUUCGGAGCUGGAUUUCUGGAACCAUGGCUUCUCUACUGAACGGCCUGUUGACAUCCGAGUGCCUCACGACAGUCUGUAUGCUUUCAAAGACUUCCUCAUGGAAAACAACAUCCCUUUCACUGUCAUGAUCAACAAUGUGCAGGAACUUUUGGACGAGGAGAGAGCAGAAAUGGUUAAUAAUGAAGGCUUGGAACGCAAGACCAAGAGCUUCAACUUUGCUGCUUAUCACAACCUGGAGACUAUUUACGCUUUUAUGGACACCCUUGUUGCAAGUCACCCUAGCCUGAUCUCUAAAGUGAACAUCGGCAGCUCCUAUGAGAACCGUCCCAUGUAUGCCCUGAAGUUCAGCACGGGUGGUGUGAGUCGACCAGCGAUCUGGGUUGAUGCUGGAAUCCAUGCCAGAGAAUGGGUUACUCAGGCUUCUGCUGUGUGGAUUGCCAACAAGAUUGCUUCAGACUAUGGGGUUGAUCCCUCCGUGACCUCUCUCCUUGGUCAAAUGGAUAUCUACUUGAUGAUUGUGACAAACCCUGAUGGUUAUGCUUUCACUCACACCAGUAACCGUAUGUGGCGUAAAACUCGCUCGGUGAACGCUGGCUCCUCUUGCCGUGGCGCUGAUCCCAAUAGGAACUGGGAUGCUGGUUUUGGUGGUCCUGGAGCCAGCAAGGAUCCCUGUUCCGACUCCUACCACGGUCCCUAUGCCAACUCUGAGGUCGAAGUGAAAAAUGUUGUGGACCUCAUCAAGGGCCACGGCAACUUCAAAUCCUUCAUCUCCAUCCACUCUUACUCCCAACUCUUAAUGUAUCCCUAUGGUUACACAUGCACAGACGUUCCUGACAAGUCUGAGCUUCAUGCUGUAGGCACAGCUGCGAUCAAAGAGCUUACCUCCCUCUAUAACACCAGAUAUCAAGUCGGAAGCAUUUGCAAGAUUAUCUAUCAAGCAAGUGGUGGAAGCAUCGAUUGGACCUACAAUAUUGGCAUCAAAUAUUCCUUUGCAUUUGAGUUGCGUGACACCGGUUUCUACGGUUUUCUACUGCCUGCCAACCAGAUCCUUCCCACUGCAGAGGAGACGUGGCUUGGUCUCAAAUACAUUAUGGGAUACGUUCGGGAUCACCCUUAUUGAGAGAAAUGUCAAAAUGUAUUGAAGCUUCAAUAAAAGUCCUACACACCCUUUA